UCUGACAUGUAUAUUAUGAUAUAGUAUUCAUUAUUUAUUUACAAACUUGAUACGUAAAUAUAUUUUAAAUAAAUCAUUGACCAAAAAAUGGGUAAACCUCCAAAUGGAAGAAAACAUGUUCAUGCAGACAGAGAAGGGAAGCGCGGUGAUUCAACGCGUGAAAACGAUCCGCUAACGUCAGAAACGUCUGCACAUGAAGUCGAGGACAGAUUACAGCGUCUGGAGAACGCUCAUUCAACCGGAAAUUCUGACGUGUAUAAAUUCGCAUUUUUCUUUGUAAUGGGAGUAGUUUUAACAGUUUUGAUAUACCCGAGGGUCUCUUCCACGUUUGAUACAAAAUCAUUACAGUCGAUGAACAAUGUACAAGUAAAGAAAGCCGAGAGCAGUUUCGAUAUAGAACAAAUAGACGAACUUGAGGAGUUACCAGAAGAACAUGUUCCCGUUGUAGAAGACAGAAAAGAACAUAAUCGAUCUAAACUUUUCGUAAAGAGAGAGGACUAUAAACAAGAUGGAAAAGAAGAUGCAAUACAAAGGGAUGACCGCAAACUUAAUAAACGUGAAGUAAAAAACGUUAAAACUAAUGUCAAGGAAGAAAAGAAAUACAGUAAUGAUAAAGAGCACGUGGAAGUUGAAACAGGUCAAGACGACGGUACAGAUGACAUUGAGGACGAAGGCGAACCUGUUAUUCUAAAACAAGAAAAAAUUGAGGAUCUUAUGGAAGAUGAAGUGGUUGAAGACAAAGCUGAACCAAUAUCAUUCUCUUCAAAUAAUGACGAUACACAACGAUUAAAUAUAAAUAUUGAAGAUGAGGAAGAACCACGGACUGUUGAAUUGUUUAAAGCAAACGCUGAAGAUUUAAUAAGAGAACUUCCUAUAAAGAUAAAACAAGAUGAUGUAGAAAAUGAAGACCCUAUCUCGAAAAGGAAACCUAAUAAAAAAGUAAACAAAAGCAAGAAAUCAUCACAAACAAAACCAAAGGACAAAGAGAACAAAGAUACUGAGAACAAAGAAACAGCAUCCAAAACAGAAACCAACGAAAAUAUCCCAAAAGAAAUAAAAGACUUUAAACCGACGUACCAAAAGACAGUGACACCGAAAAAAGUUUUUAUUGACGGGCGACGAAUCCCGCCGAUGGAAUUGUUACCACAGAAGCCGAACAACAGCAGUGUAAAAAUAUGGUUAUUUGAGGAAUUUUUAUCAGAAGAAGAGUGUGAUGGUUUGAUGAGAGUUCACAAUAAACAUGUAGAGGACCAGUCAAAAGAUGACCCCAUCCUUUGCUUUGAUAGUGUAUCCACGUUGCGAAAACAUCUGAAAAGCGCGGGAAAACGUAUGCUCGUAACGCCGAAUGUUUUCACAAAAGGAACCACGUGUGUAAAUGCAAGUUUCUCGAGUCAGCUGAAAGAAUGGUUUAAAGGGAACUGGAGUUAUAGCACCGCGUUUUACCCGGGAGAAAGCCGCUUUGCAAUGGCUUUCGAGCAGAGGGUCAAACAAGCCAUGGGUCUGAAUCCUGAAAAUGGCGGGAAAUUUCAGAUAACAUCAUAUCCGGAAGGCAUUGGGUACAAAUCUCACACGGACUGUGUAGAAAACUCGGAAGAUAAACGAGACAGAAUGGCAACAGUGCUUGUGUACCUAGAUACAGUAACAGAGGGCGGAGAAACAGAUUUUCCUGAACUAGGUGUAUGGGCUCGACCAAGGAAAGGAAGAGCUCUUCUGUGGAAUAACAUGAACCCUGCAGGUGACUGUGAACCUAUGUCAAUACACAAAGCCAACAAAGUCAUUGACGGACAUAAAUUUAUUCUUCAACGAUGGUAUUACUACAAGAGCUUUUACUCUCUCGGGAAACGACCCCCGGAGCCCCCACUCCCAAAGAGGAAAGAUGGACAACCUCGAGUGUCUUGUGAUGAAUAUGAACACGGUAGUUGCCGCUGGUAUGACGAGUGGAACUUUGAACAUAUGAUAGAAUAUGAACGACAAAAAUAUACUCUUGUAUAAACAUAAUGAUAAAAGAUUUUAUAUGUACUUUUUUGCUAAUAAAGGGAAAUAAACUC